AUGGGCUGGGGCGGCUGUGGAAAAGAUUGGGGCUCCAGCGAUGGGGGCUGGGGUGCCGCUGCCGGUGGAGGCGCUUGGGGUGGAAGCGAUGGUGGCUGGGGAGGAGGCAAGGGUUGCGGAGGCGGAUGCGGCAAGGGUGGAGGCUGGGGAGGUGACGGUGGCAAGGGCUUUGGUGGAGGAUGCAAGGGUGGCAAGGGUUACGGAGCUGGUGGUGGAAAGGGCGCCGGACCUGGCAGCAGUUGGGGUGGUGCUGGCGUUUGGCAGCCCAUGUUCAACCCGAUGCUCGCCAUGAUGAUGAAGGGCAUGGGCAAGGUGAACACAGGCCUUCGAAACUUUGCCAAUGAGAAGAAAGUAUUUAUCGGCGGAAUGCCCGAGAACAACGUCAGCAAAGACAUCAACAUGAAAUUAAAGGAUCACAUGUCAAGCACCGGGGUCACCUGCCUCUAUGCAGAGAUCGGCCGGAGCGGCACUGGCGGCGCAGCCUUCAAGAGCAACUCUGAGGCGCAGACGGUGGCAGCGGCGCUGAACGGAUCCAGCUUUGAGGGAUACACGCUACAGGCCGCCCAGGACGAGCUAGGUAGUGAGACCUUGGGUGCGAAGCUCUCCAUCGCUGAGGCGGAAAAGUCCGAAUUGGAGCAGGAGAAGAGCGUGUUGGAAGCGCAGCUGGAACAGCUUCAAGUGCAGAUUUCCGCACGGACUGCUGAAGUGGAGGCGAUCAAGGCUCAAGCAGAUGAGGCCAAAGCUAGUGGUGUCGGGGACCCCUUGGGCUUCCAGCGCGGCCUGCAAGCCUUGGAGACCGCCGACGUCGAGGAGCUGGGCAGCAAGUGGAAGGAACAGGGCAAGAAAGCGGUCGAAGACGCCCAGGCCCGUGCAGCGGCGGUGACGCAGAAGACCACUGAGGAGCUGGAUCGCUUGUUGGCGCGUUUCAUGGAGCUGGUCCAACAAGUGCAGGACUCCCAGGCCUUUCAGUCAGCCUCCAGUCAGUUGCAAACUGCGACGGAGCAGACCAUGGCUUCGGCCCAGCAGCUGUCCGCAGCGGCGGCUCCGGCCUUGCAGCAGGGCAUGGCGAGUGCUUCGCAGGCUGCACAGCAGGGCAUGCAGACGGCCUCUCAGGCAGUGGCUCAGGCGAAGGAGGCGAUGAGCUGA